AUGCAGAAACUAACGGAGCGCAUAGAUGACCUGAAGCAAAAAAUCGCUGCUUGGGGGAAGCGGAUUCGAAGAUUUAGCGAGAGGUCAAGGCAGUUCAACCAGAAUCAUCUUUUCCAGAGUGAUCAGAAAAGGCUCUAUAAAUCAUUGGAGAGACCAGAGGUAUGUGGAGCGGGCCCAGGACCGGAUCAAGCUGAUACUGUGGCAUUUUGGCGUGGCCUGUGGUCAGAGCCCAUAAACCACAGCGAGGGCCCUUUGAUGGAAGUUGUGGUGAGCCAGAGUGCAAGUGUUACGCAUAUGGACCCCGUCACCAUAACGCCUGAAAACGUGGCUAAGGCAGUCCGUAGGGCCCCGAACUGGAAAAAUCCGGGGCUCGAUGGGCUGCAUCAUUACUGGCUAAAGGGGUUCGUAGUGUGUCACGCUGUGCUCGCCCGACAGUUCCAAGAGGCUCUUAACCAGAAGUCGCUCCCGAGCCUCUUCACUACUGGGAUCACUCACUUGGUUCCUAAAGAUCAGGAUACCACAGACCCGAGCAAAUACCACCCCAUCACGGAAAAUGAAUACGAACCUAUAAUUAAUGACGUAAAAGGUCACUCAUUACUAGAAGAAAAUAAUAAUUCUUUGGAGGAUAUUUCGUUAUCUCCCAGAAGAAGCCUUCCUGAUCUUUCUACUCGUGACUAUGACGACGAAUAUAUUCAAUUAAAGCAAAAAAUUGAGGAAUUGAAUAGUAAACUUGCCAGUGCACAUACAGAAAUAGAAAACUUGCACAUGGAAAAGAAUAUAUACAUAACUGAUUUUCUUCGUGAAAUAGGAUAUGAAUUAGAUGUUAUAUGCCUUAGUGAAACAUUUCUGAAAGCAGGUGAAGAAGUGUGUGUGCAUUUGAAUGGCUACACUAUUGCAAAUAGUUAUUCAAGGCUUGACGUAAAACGAGGUGGUGUAUGCAUACUUUGUAAAAAUAAUUUUAACUUUGUAGAUCUUACAAUAAUUAAUAAAUAUCAAGCAGAAAACACUUUUGAGAAGGAGAUAUCUAAGCACACGAAGUAUGAACCCACCAAACAGAACAGCUGUAGACAUCUUAGAUACUCUUCGACAAAAACUAGCAGUCAAAUCCAACCGACAAAAAGGUACCGAAAAUCGCGAAAGAGAAGAGAAGACAACGCUCUUUUCACAAAAAACGAAAAGCUAUUCUAUCUGCGACUCCAACAGAGCGUUAAUGAUACGAGUGGACUUCCUACGCGGAAGGAGGAAGUUGAGAAAUUCUGGCGUAGCAUCUGGUCAGAGAAGGUAAUCCACAAUGAAACCGCAACAUGGAUCACAAGAGAAGAACAGCGUAUGCUUGAGGUCCCAGAAAUGCAACAUGUGGAAAUUACAGAAUAG